AUGGCCGAUAUACCCACUGUUGCCCAGGCGUGGCGCUUUCCCGUUGAUCAAAGCGCCUGGAAGGGCCACCAGAGCCUGCAACUACGGGAAGUCAAACUAUCGCCUCCUGGCAAAGGAGAAGUCCUGGAUAUUUUGAUUGGAAACGGUACUUAUCCUGCGUCACCAACGGAUUCGACUGGGCCCGAUGGACAGGGUCUCAUUCCCACUAGCGAUGGAGCAGGCGAGGUUGUAGCCUUGGGCGACGGAGUUACUCAAUGGAAAAAGGGCGACCGAGUGCACUCGUUAUUCUUCGAGACUUGGUUAGACGGACCGAUUCUGCCAGAGCAUAACUUCCAAGCACUUGGCGCAGGCACUCCUGGUUGUCUUUCUCAGUACCGAGUCUUCAAGGCCGAAACUCUGCUACCUAUCCCCGACCACUUGUCAUACGAAGAGGCGGCCACUCUUCCAUGUGCAGCACUUACAGCGUGGAACUCAUUCUUCGAAAGGAAGCCUGUGACCGACAAGUCGACUGUACUUGUCCUCGGAAGCGGUGGUGUGUCCGUUUUUGGUGCGCAGCUUGCCAAGGCUGCAGGCGCUCGCGUGAUUGCAACAACGUCGAGUGAGGCCAAGGCCCAAGAGUAUCGAGCACUAGGCGUCGAUGAGGUCGUGAACUACCGAGAGCACCCUGAAUGGUCGGCCAAGGUAAAAGAGCUAACCGGGGGCAAGGGAGUAGAGCAGGUGCUCGAAGUUGGUGGAGAAGGAACUGUAUUCCAAUCGAUCAAGUCCAUUGAGCGCGGAGGGUUGAUUCAUGUAAUUGGUGCUGUUGCAAGUGGUACUUCUGCGGGCGGGGGUGUACAGGAGCUUGGCACUCUGAUAUUGAUUACCCCAGCAACUUUGUCCGGCAUUCAGGUUGGAAGUAAAGCGAUGUGUCAGCGGCUUGACGCAUUCGUUACUAAGCACGCAAUCAAGCCGAUUAUCGACCGUGUGUUUGGGUGGACCGAGGCCAUUGAGGCAUUUGACUAUCAAAUAGGCGGAUCUCAUUUUGGCAAGGUUGUCAUUCGGGUUGAAUGA